CAUUUAAAAGAGUGCCUAUUAUGAUUUUAGCACGUUUUGAGAUCGAAACGUGAGAUAGGUUUAUUGUGUUUACUUUAUGUUGAUAUGUUUUAGAUUCUCGUCACAAUUUGUAAAUGUAAACAGUUACCGGUUUUUAUCAUCAGAGAAGAAUGUUACAGUUAGUAGUAACUUAGUACCUCCAACAUAAUGAAAAUAUACCUACAUGAUCAUUGAGGAUCAGAGUCUGAAGAAGUGUGUCUGAACUGAAGUAAAGGUAUUUGACUGAUCUGUUAGUUAGCAUGACCAGUAACUGACAGAUGUUGAAACAAUACUGAUUUAUACACAGGAGAAUACCAACCAGGAGGAAAACAAACCCGCUCUCCAAAUUUAGUUUGUCAGUUUAAGAAUAACCUGAGAAUAAUCUGAAAAUGGCAAACUUUGAGUCUGAUGAAGAUCCGUCACUUCAUUGCUUGGAGGGCAGUUCAGGAUUACAGAAAGGUGGACUUGUUAUCAUGAAGAAGGGACAAUCAAACAAUAACCCACAUAUGUUCAAGAAACCAUCAGGGUCUGUACUUGGACUGGAUAAAUUGGCUGCAGCUAAACGUAUCCAGAACAGUGACGUCCCAAUGUCUCCGAAGAGAUCCAAGGUCAUGUCAUACAAAGAUGAUGAGUAUGAUGACAUUGAAGAUGAUGAAAAUUAUUCUAGAAGCAUCACAGAAAAGAAACAUGGGAAGGAGAGGCACUACAGGUCAGCUCAGGUAGAGACUCCAUCUCACCCAGGUGGGGUGAGUCGAGAAGCCAAGGAGAGGAUGAGGCAGCAUCAUAAAGAACGAGAGAGGGGAGUCUAUGUGUCCUCCAACGACAAGGAGAGUCGAGAUAAGGAGAGACACAGACACAAACGGAGAGACAGGGAUAGGAGAGACCGCCACAGUGAAAGAAGUUCCAGGAAGCACGAUGACUCUCAGAGAAGAGGCCGGAGGUACAAGGACUGGGAGGAGACCCCAGAACACAGCUACAGGAACAAAGACGAGAUUGCCACACCAGAUAUACGAGUGAAAGACACACCGUCGAGGUCCAACUGGGAUGAUGACGAUGUCACCCCUCUGAAGCGGUCAGCGUGGGAUCUUCCCACACCGUCUCAGUCCGAGCUGGACAGGGAUUCCAGUGAGAGAAGCUUCAAGUCAAGUCAUGACUGGGACAGGUCCGAGAGGGGACGUGACUGGGACAGGUCCGAGAGGGGUCGCGACUGGGACAGGUCUGAGAGGGGUCGCACCUGGGACAGGUCUGAGAGAGGUCAGGAUUGGGACAGGUCCGAGAGGAGUGGAGGUUGGCCUGAUCGAUCAGGACGUUCAGACAAGAGAAAGAUGAGGAAGAAUGUGGACGACACUCCCAGAGCCACGCCCACUUACAAGUACAACGAGUGGAUGGAUGAUAAGAAGAAGAUACAGUUCACUCCUAAAGACUCCAAGGGAGGCAAGCGGGACAUGGAGUUUGGCGAUGAACAGAGUCAGGAGGAAUGGGAGGAAGAGCAGCGCCGCCUGGACCGGGAGUGGUACGGGAUGGACGAGGGGUACGAUGACGACCACAACCCCUUCUCCGGCACCUCUGCUGAGUACACGAAGAAGAAGGAGGAAGAAAUGGAGCAGAGGAAGAAGAAGAGGAUGUCUGCCCGGCAGCGACAGAUCAAUAAGGAUAUUGAGAUGUGGGAGACCAACCGCAUGUUGCGUAGUGGUGUCGUGGCGAAGACCAACUACGACGAGGACUUUGAGGAAGACAACGUAGCUCGCGUACACUUGUUGGUUCAUAAUAUAGUCCCCCCAUUCCUGGAUGGACGUAUAGUGUUCACAAAACAACCCGAACCCGUCGUCCCUGUCAAGGAUCCCACGUCCGAUAUGGCGCAGGUUUCACGGAAGGGCAGUCAGGUAGUGCGGGCGCACCGAGAACAGAAAGAACGGCGGAAGGCGCAGGUUAAGCACUGGGAGUUGGCCGGCACCAGGAUGGGCGACAUUAUGGGCAUCAAGAAGAAGGAGGAGGAGGAUGAGACGGAGGAGAAAGACUUCAAACAGGACCACAAGUUUGCCGACCUGAUGCAGGAGAAGACCCAGGCUGUGAGUGAGUUCGCUCAGCGCCGCACCAUCCAACAGCAGAGGAAGUACCUCCCUAUAUUUGCCAUCAGGAACGAGCUGCUGAAUGUGAUCCGAGACAACAGCAUCAUUAUCAUCGUUGGGGAGACAGGCUCUGGGAAGACCACCCAGCUUACACAGUAUCUCCACGAGGAUGGCUACACCAAGUUCGGGAUGGUUGGCUGCACUCAGCCCAGGAGGGUGGCGGCCAUGUCAGUUGCUAAACGAGUCUCGGAGGAACUGGACGUCAAACUCGGGGAUGAGGUUGGAUAUGCCAUCCGUUUUGAAGAUUGCACUUCCGAGAAAACAAUGAUCAAGUACAUGACUGACGGUAUCCUGCUGCGAGAGUCGCUCCGGGAGUCCGACCUGGAUAACUACAGUGCGGUCAUCAUGGACGAAGCUCACGAGCGAUCCCUCAACACAGACGUGCUGUUUGGCCUACUCAGGGAGGUGGUCGCCAGACGCAAUGAUCUCAAGCUGAUUGUUACAUCAGCCACAAUGGAUGCCAGUAAAUUUGCAAGUUUCUUUGGGAACGUUCCAAUCUUCACCAUACCUGGUCGGACGUUCCCCGUGGACAUCAUGUACAGCAAGAACCCAGUGGAGGACUACGUGGAUGCCUCGGUGAAACAGGCCCUGCAAGUGCACCUACAGGGGAUGCAAGGUGAUAUGCUUAUCUUCAUGCCGGGCCAGGAAGACAUCGAAGUGACGUGCGAGCUUAUUUCAGAGAGACUAGGAGAGCUGGAUGAGGCACCGCCCCUGGCCAUCCUCCCCAUCUACUCCCAGCUGCCAAGUGACCUGCAGGCCAAAAUCUUCCAGAAAGCUCCUGACGGUGUCCGCAAGUGCGUAGUGGCAACCAACAUUGCUGAAACUUCUCUGACAGUUGAUGGUAUUAUGUUUGUCAUUGAUGCCGGCUACUGCAAGUUGAAAGUCUUUAAUCCGAAGAUUGGAAUGGAUGCUCUGCAGAUCUUCCCCAUCAGCCAGGCCAACGCAAACCAGAGAUCAGGUAGAGCCGGAAGAACUGGGCCAGGACAGUGCUACAGGUUGUACACAGCCCGGCAGUACAAGGACGAAAUGUUGAAGACAACCGUUCCAGAAAUCCAGCGGACCAACCUGGCUAAUGUCGUUCUGUUGCUGAAGUCACUGGGAGUUCAAGACCUGCUACAGUUCCACUUCAUGGACCCACCCCCACAGGACAACAUCUUGAACUCGAUGUACCAGCUGUGGAUCCUGGGUGCCCUGGACAACACCGGCGCCCUGACCCCCAUGGGGCGCAGCAUGGUGGAGUUUCCCCUGGACCCCGCCCUCUCCAAGAUGGUCAUCGUCUCCCUGGAGAUGGAGUGCAGCGCCGAGAUCCUGACCAUCGUGUCCAUGUUGUCGGUGCCAGCCAUCUUCUACCGCCCUAAAGGGAGAGAGGAGGACUCGGAUGCUGCCAGGGAGAAGUUCCAGGUUCCCGAGAGCGAUCAUCUCACGUACCUCAACGUGUACCAGCAGUGGAAGCGGAAUGGGUACUCUGCAUCCUGGGCCAAUGAACAUUUCAUUCACAUCAAAGCCAUGAGGAAGGUGCGCGAGGUCCGGCAGCAGCUGAAGGAGAUCAUGGACCAGCAGAAGAUGGAGAUGAUAUCUUGUGGCAACGAGUGGGACAUCAUCAGAAAGUGCAUCUGUUCCGCAUACUUCCACCAGGCUGCCAGGCUCAAGGGUCUGGGGGAGUAUGUCAAUUGCCGUACAGGCAUGCCCUGCCACCUGCACCCCACCAGCGCCCUGUUCGGCAUGGGCUACACACCUGACUACAUCGUCUACCACGAACUGGUCAUGACGUCAAAGGAGUACAUGCAGUGUGUGACGUCCGUGGAUGGAGAGUGGCUGGCAGAGCUUGGACCAAUGUUCUACAGCAUCAAGGACGCCUCCAAAACAAGACAGGAGAGAAAGAAACUGGCUGAGGAGGAAUUGGUUGCAAUGGAGGAGGAGAUGAAACGAGCGGAGGAACUGAUCAAGGCCAGAAAGGAGCAGCAGGACCAGUCGGCAGCUUCAGUGAGGAAGCCAUCAAUCGCGACACCAGGACGGAAAGAUGAAAGUUCGCCCUACACCGCUACACCUCGGAGAACCCCGGCCAAGUUUGGCCUGUGAGUGAAGAAGCUCAUGUACAGCAGAGUAUUGGUCUGUGAAGAAGGGACAACAACUCUUCCUGAUUUUCUUGAAAUCAUGUAUUGAAUGAUUUCUUUGUCGCAGGUCAUAGUCAACGGGAGACAACUCCAAUAUUCCCAAAUGAUUUUGGUGUAGAAUGUGCAUGGAGACACCCAACACAAUAUACUCCCCGAUCAAGUUUGUUGAGGUGAUUGAAAACACAGACAAACACUUUCCUGCAUUUACCUAAAUGCAAAAACUUUAAUACAUACCAUCAUGAUGGGGACAUUGUGUGACACAGAACACAUCUCACACAGACAUGGACAAAUAGUAGGUGAUGAUGACUGAUGAACAUUUGUACAAAAUGAUGAUGAUGAUGAUGAUGACGAUGCUGCUGAUUAUGUCGUCAUGUAUCACAUGAACAGCUGGAAUGAAGCAGUGUACAGGUCAUUAAAGGAAAUCAAAUAUG